AGACAGGAUUGUGGUGUGUGUACUAUUGUAUUCAAGGAGAAGGAUACUGAGUUCCAAAACCUCAUAAAUAUUUUACUACACAAGAGAUAAAUAUAGGUUAAUUAUUAUAAACCCAAAAAGAAAAAUAAAAAGCACCAAAAUCAAACAAAGUUUGGUUUCUUCACAUAGAAGUAGUAGUAGUAGUAGUAAUAAGAGAGAGGCAUAGCUUAUAGUUAUAGAUAGAGACACACAUGAAACUAAAUGAAAUAUAUAUCUGAGAUUAAGACUUCUCCUUUGACAAUCAAGCUUUCAUCUCCCACUCUUUUUUUGUGUUCUCUCUCACUAUUUCUCACUUGGUUUUUGCUUCUGAACAAUUCAAACUCAAAACUCAGUUUCAUAGGUUGAAGAAUUGAAGAGAAUGAUUUAAGUGAAAAAAUUGGAGUCUUUUUGCAUGGCUAGCCACGGAAUUGGAGGGACUGGUUUAUCAGACACGGGCCCUUCUAAUCAUCAUCAUCACCAUCUUUCUUAUGCAGCUGCUCUUCAUGGACUCAACAAUCCUUCUACUAGUUACAUGAACCAAGAAGGAUCUGCUUUUGAUUUUGGAGAGCUGGAAGAAGCAAUAGUUCUGCAAGGAGUUAAGAUUAGGAAUGAUGAAGCUAAAGCACCUUUAUUUACAGUAACAGGCAGACCUGCAGCUACUCUGGAAAUGUUCCCUUCAUGGCCAAUGAGAUUCCAACACACACCAAGAGUAGGAAGUUCAAAAUCAGAAGGGGAGAGUACUGAUUCAGGAUCAGCAGUAAACACUCUUUCAAGCAAAGCUGACCCAGAAUCACCAAUUAGUAAAAAAGCAUCUUCCGAUCAUCAGAUUUUUGAUCAGAAACAUUUACAGCUUCAACAGCAUCAAAAUAUAGAUAUGGCAGCCGGAGGAGGAGGAGGACCCUCAGAAGUGAAUCCACCAGCUGCAAAAACAGCACAAGAAAAGAGAAAAGGCUCAACAUCAGAGAAACAGCUUGAUGCAAAGACAUUGAGACGUUUAGCUCAAAACAGAGAAGCUGCAAGAAAAAGCCGCCUCAGGAAGAAGGCCUAUGUUCAGCAGCUAGAAUCCAGUAGAAUAAAGCUUACUCAAAUUGAGCAAGAUCUUCAAAGAGCCAGACAACAGGGAUUGUUCUUAGGUGGCUGUGGUGGUGGUGGUGGCAGUUUAAGCUCUGGAGCUGCGAUAUUUGAUAUGGAGUAUGCAAGAUGGUUAGAGGAUGAUCAUAGGCACAUGUCAGAAUUGAGGACAGGGUUACAAGCACAUUUAUCAGAUGGAGACCUAAGAGUUAUUAUAGAUAGAUACAUUUCACAUUAUGAUGAAAUUUUCCGGUUGAAGGGAGUAGCCGCCAGAACUGAUGUUUUUCACCUUAUUACCGGAAUGUGGUCGACUCCGGCGGAGCGGUGCUUCCUCUGGAUGGGUGGUUUUAGGCCAUCAGAACUCAUCAAGAUGUUAAUAACGCAGUUAGACCCGUUAACAGAACAGCAAUUCAUGGGGAUUUACAGUCUGCAACAGUCAUCACAGCAGGCAGAAGAGGCGCUGUCUCAAGGACUUGACCAGCUUCAGCAGUCUCUAGUUGACACCAUUUCUAGCGGAGCUGUCAUUGACGGCAUGCAACAGAUGGCAGUUGCUCUCGGCAAGCUCGCCAAUCUUGAAGGUUUCGUUCGCCAGGCUGAUAAUUUGAGACAGCAAACUCUUCACCAACUUCGCCGAAUACUCACUGUACGACAGGGGGCUCGGUGUUUUCUGGUGAUCGGAGAGUAUUACGGGCGGUUACGAGCACUGAGCUCCCUUUGGGCAUCCCGUCCUCGAGAGAGCAUGAUGGGGGAUGAUAAUUCGUGCCAAACAACAACUGAUCAUCUACAAAUGAUUCAACAAUCACAAAAUCAUUUCACAAACUUUUGAUGGAUCAGAUGAUAAACAAUCUUAAUUAUUGUAUUCUGAUGAAUGAUCCAUCGGUCGAUAUGCGCUGUUGUAGGUUUUCUUUGAUGAGGUACUUUAGAGGAGAUAGGAUCUUUUAUUUUAAUUUCCUUUUCUCUUUAUUAAUAUCUUUAUAUUAUUUAAUCUCCGUGUCAUCUUGUAAAUGUAAAUCAAUUUAAUUAUAUAUAUUUGCAUGAGGAAGCUUUCCACUUGCUUAAUUAAAA